AACUAUCAGGCGAUAAUUAUUCGUAUCAAGGCGGACAUUUAUUUGCUUAAGUCUAGUUUCAAAUUAUACUUCACAGUCACAAUAAGAAAUGGAUGCCUUUGUCGCACUGUUUAUUGGUGUGUUAUGCGUGACAAAAGCGGCGAAUGCUCAACUCCAAUUAACAGGCGGCGACGCGUUCAUCAAUACACGAGUGCAAUUGGAAUGCACCCUACCAAAUUCCUCGGCAAUAGUAACCUGGCAUGUUGCAAAUAAAGGCUUCAACGAGACCGUGGCUGUGAUUCAGGAGUAUUCCAAUGGAAAGUGUAGUCAGAGCCAAAACUCCUACAUAACGUGUACUUGCAAUAUUACGUUGUUUGCAUGUGCAACCAAUACGGUCAAGAUGUCCGACGACGAACAACGAUGGCGUUGCUCGGCAAGCAUUGCUGGUACGACCAUGUACAGCAACACACAUAUCAUUAGUGUUCUAAUACCGCUAACGUAUGUUAGUCUAUUUCCACCGCAACCCGUAUUGUACCCAGCUUUGAAUGUUUCUUCGAACUUCACGUGUAUCACUUCUAAGAGUCGGCCUGGGGCGAGUAUUGACUGGUUUGAAAACGGACACAACAUCACGAAAAACGCCAACUAUGUCUACAGCUCUGAUGUCACGUCUAGUAUUUUGAUAUUUACGCCGAACGCGGAAAACACAAGGAAUUUAACAUGUAUUGCUAAAUACCUGUACAAAACUACCCAUAUAGAGUUGAGUAAUACUUCUAUACUUAACAUACAGUACCCCGUUUCGAAACCCUUAAUCAAAGUAAACAACAGCGCCGUUUCUGAUAGCGUUACCAUAUUAGAAGGAACAUCGGUCGAUUUUAAAUGUGAAGCUAGCGGAUAUCCCCCGCCGUCUUACCACUGGGUCUUCCCUUGGGGUGACAAAGAAGGGGCAGAGCUUCUCUUGCAAUUUAACAGUAGUUUUGUAAAAGGGCAAGUGUCCUGUCUGGCUAACAACACGUUUGUAUCCCUUGACGGAACAACGAACACAAAUUCACCGCCGCAGCAACAAGUGACGUUUUUGACCUUCGAUCUGAUAAUACCACUGCAAUCGGUUACUCUUUUCCCCAACACUAUGAUUACCUACCCGGUACACAAUGUGACAUCGAUCUACUUAUGUAUCACUUCUAUGAGCAAACCGGCUUCAACCAUUCAUUGGUUUGAAGAUAACGUCAAUAUCACAAAUAUGUCCACAUAUGCAUACAACAAUUACGUUGCGACAAGCAAGUUGAGCUUUAUCCCAAAGACACAUGCUAGACGUAAAUUGUCCUGUAUUGCCAACCAGCUAUACGAACAUACUAACCGUACUAUGUAUACAGAGACAGAACUGUAUGUUCAAUUCGCUGUUUUCGAGCCUAAAAUCUCAUUGAACCGUACGGAAUUGUCUGACCAGGUUACUUUACUAGAAAAGAGACACGUUGAGUUCGAAUGUUCAACUUCCGGUUACCCACUUCCGGCAUACCAGUGGAUGCACGCGCAAGGAGUAACAAACGGGACGAUAUUUGCUUUUCAGGUUAACCGUACUUUCACAGGUGAAAACGUUUCAUGUUUUGCCAUCAAUACAUUUUAUGCAUUAAAUGGCAACACGACAGCGCAGACAAGUUCAUCGGUAAAAACAACACAGUUGAACGUGCUAUACCAUGCCUCAAUAACAUUCGCAAUUAACGACACUUCAGAAGCAUCUCCAACUGAUAAUUCUAUCAGUGUGCUGAGAGGUUCUAGCAUUAGCAUCGUAUGUGAAAGUGACGCUCAUCCUCCGGCUAUGGUGUCCUGGAUAGGGAAACAAACUAACUCCUCUACUCUCAGAAUCACUAAUAUACAACAAGAUGAAAAAUGGACAUGCCAAGCAUCUAACACGAUCAACGAAACUUAUUUUGGAAUAAGCGAAAAAUCUAUUACGAAAACACUGUUCAUCACCGUCUUAUACCCUCCAACAGUUCAGCGUUUUCAAAAUCGAUCCACAGUGAUGAACGCAACAUUCACCGUACGAUGCAAUUUAUCUAGUGUGGGUAAUCCUGUUGCCAACAACUUUACUUGGCUUCGAAUUAAGAAUUACACUACCGUAGGCUCAGAGCAAGUACUCGUAAUCAAUAAUGUAGCGAGAACUGAUGAAGGUAUUUACAAAUGUAUAGCGAGCAACACCAUGCAGCCAUCAGGAAAUGUUUCCACACAAGGAUACGGUGAAUCGCAAUUCUACCUAAAUGUACAAUACGGAGCACGCAUACAGACAUUUCACGCAAACUCUUCAACAAAUGACAUACUUGUCGAUCAGUACACAUCUGUAAUAUUCGUUUGUGAGGCAGAUGGUAACCCAGCUCCUAUAAUUAACAUUGUAAAUACAACUGCUGGCGGUGAAAUAAUUCUUGCGGAGAAACUUGGCUACGUAGUCACAUUCCCUACGCACCCCGUCGGAUGCGAGUAUGAUGUGGGAAUCUAUAAAUGCCAAGCACAUAACAUUCAUACUUCGGCGUUAGAAGAACACGCGAUAAAUGUCUUAGUAAAAUGUUCGCCAAGAUCAUCGCCGUUAUCACCUCCGAUUACGACACUUUAUAAGGCUCCCAGUGACUCGGUUGUUCUCACCUUCACAUUCAAGGCUUAUCCGAAACCCAACGUGUCAGACAUCACUUGGUCAAAGCGUGUAGGCGAUAGAUGGGCGGCGCUGUCCGAAGAGACCAAGUACCAAAUCAGCGUUUCUGCUGAUACAAUGCAAACUAACUUGACAAUUAAUUAUUUGGAUAUCAAUGACUUCAGUCAAUAUCAGGUGAAAGUAGCCAACAUACUCGGAUCUACAACGGAAGUGUUUUAUAUUCACUUGCGAGCAAAGCCCGAUAAGCCAACGUCAUUCCGUAUAAAAGACGGUUCCAUCACACACAAUUCACUUACUGUCGAGUGGAUACCAGGUGAUACUGGCGGAGCAAACCCAUGGUUUGUAAUCAGAUACAGGGCGGCACUGAUUCCAAACUGGACAGACAAGCGCGUUCCUCCGACCUUACAGACGUCUUACACUGUCGAAGAUUUGAUCCCGAGAACUAACUAUGAAUUGAAGAUGUUUGCUGAAAAUAUAGUCGGUAAAUCGGGGGAAACAAGUAUAGUUACCGCUCUAACACUACAGGAUAAUAAAGCCUCACCAUCAACAUCAUCUACAAUUAUACUAGUUGGUGCCGUGGUGGGCGGGGUGGUCGUUGGAUGUGUUAUCGCUGCUAUAGUUGUGUGGCGACUUCGAAUCAAUAUGGCAAAUAAAGAACGAAUUGCAUUUCCAGAUGAACAAGACAAAGGCGGAGAUUACGCUGAUUUGGUGCGACCAAAGUCAGACAUAGAGAAGGAAAGAUCUGAAGAUAAAAAAUAUGAAAGUAUCGAUGGCGACAAGCAAUACGAUGAGUUGGGUCCAGCUAGGUCUAACCAGAAACGUCGGCAAGCGGACAAUGCAGGUUACGAAAGCGUCCACUUAGAAAACAACGACAGUGGUUCAUACGUGACUCUGACAGAGAAAGCAGCACAUGUGCCUGAAUAUUCCACUGUGGUGAAGCGAACAGUUCUAGCAUCACAAUCAAACGCUGCAUUUGAAAAAAAUGAUGAAUCACCAGUCCACAAGAAAGAAUUUUUAAGCGACUGUAAGGAAUACUUUAAUUUGAAAUUAACGUAGCAUGAACAGCUUUAUUUAACUGUGCCUAUUGAUGUGUAGAUAAACGUUUGCCUACACAGUUAUUUGCUGUUUUGUUUUAUCAACAAGUUAUGAUCGGAAUGACUAAUAAUCGUCAUCACAUUUAAAUAACGUGCUCAUAAAAUGAACAAAGAACAAUAAUUGACUCAGUGAUUGAUAUAUUGAAGUCAAUAUUUUUUACGUUCAUACAGUGAUGCUCUAUUCACGCAACAGGGCGUUCGUCAAUAUGGACGUACGUAUACUUAUACGUUAAAGUAGUACAAAGUUCAAAAACAGUGUAACACGAUAACAGAAAAAUAGAAAUGUGUUGCGAUCAAAUGCUAUUGCUCGACAACAUCGACGGUGUACUCCCAAACUAAAUAAGUAUAUAUUACACGCUUGAGUUGUAUGUAAUAUUAUUACUCGGGUUUUUGUUGUUUCUCAAUUCACGAAUAUCGUGGCCUGUUUACCUUGUUUCCGCAAGUAAAUGUUUCAUCUAUUGUAAUCCAAGUUACCGGUACGAGUUCGAAAGUGUUCGUGCUAAAGGUGUUUGAGUAUAUUCCUGCACAUAUGUGAGUCUCAUUUUAAUAUUUGCUAUAUUAUAUUGUAAACGAUGUAUGGGCCCUGUAAUUUGUUGUUGAAGUACACAAUAUAUAUUUUCGGAGAAGGUAAACAAGGCUACUGUAUUAUAUGCAUACUGGACUACCAUGAUCAGAAUUGUUAAUAUUUUUGAUAGGUCAACAGUUUGAAAUGAAUGUUAACAAUGUACACUUAUGCAUAUUGACUUCCCCAAAAGCCUUUACUAAUUAUUUGUAUACACACAUAUACCAUACUAUUUUAAAACAAUCGCAAUAAUAAUUGCAAUAUACUUCCCACUUUAUCACAUAUUUUCACUUAUAAGUGUGUCCGUAUGAUUUAUGACUCUGGUAUUGCAUUAUUACAAAUGUCGUAUUGUAUUCAGUUUUGAUUAUUGGCACAUUGUUAUACGAAAUUCUCAGUCAAUUAAGGAAUGAACGAACUAAAUGCAUAGCCGCAUUUGCGAAUCAUGCUGGAAAUCUAUUGAACCGAGAGAAUAAGCAUGUGAUACGCAAGUGGUUAUAGCGCAUACUCAAGUAUGUAUUGAAAUGUUCAUCUGGGAUAAACAAACUAUAUAUAAUGUAUAUUUUGUCCAUUCGCAAUUUUUUUACCGCUAUGUUUACAAGUAGGUAUGUACAUAAAUUUAGUUCAUUUGAUUAAACUAUGAUUUUGUAAUGAUACGUAUUCGAUUUAUGUGCUGUGUCCUUCUAUUUAUUGUAUAAUAAGAUACAUAUAUGUAUGUUGCUUUUGACAUUUGGCAGUUUAAUAGUAAUAAAAAAUUGCAAUCGU